CUGGUCCAGGUUAUUACAUGUAUAUAUUAUGUAUAUAUGUGUGUUAUGUAUGUGUAUGGGUAGAUAUAUAUACUUUCUACAGGGACUGGACUGAGUCAAUCUAAUAAUGGUUCAAAAUAGUUACAUCGAUCUGAAGCUGACCAACAUCGAAGCAAAACAAUUGAAUAUGCUUUGAAUAUGAAGUUAUUAACCACGAUUAAUAAACCACAGGCACUGGGCAGAGUCUGUAUAAUAAUAGGUAUUACAAUAGCCAAACGGAACAAUGAGUUCUGAAUAGAGAUACACUUCGAGCUGUUCGGAACGCUCGUUUCACAGUCGAAGAACCGGGUGGGACUCUUUGCCAAGUGACGCUCUCGGUGCGCCGGUUUUAUUCUUCCCCCAUCCUCGGGCCUAGCGUGCGCAGGCGCAAAGGAAGAAAACAAGGGGGAAACGGGGCUUUUAGUCGUUUCUAGGCGUCUCGGCCGGGGUCUGCAUGUCCGCUCUGUGCGAUCCGGCGGGGGUGGUGGGGCCUCCAGGGUCCGCCCCGAGCCCCAAACCGGCCGCCGCGCCUCCGUCCCUCAGUUCCCAAGAAUUGGCCCAGGAGAUUAAAGCUUUCCUUAGUGGGGUUGACCCUGUUCAUGGGAACAAACUCACCAUCAAGGAACACGCUCGUUGUGCCAUUUUACUGCUGCGCAAUUUGCCUCCAGCUCGCAGUGCUGUCCUGGAACACCUCCGUAGUGUCUUUGAUGAAUACGUCUGCACCUACCUGCUGGAACUGGAGACCCGCGACGGUGGGAUGGGAGGCCUCCGCUCCCAGGGCCCCAACUUGGAUGACGUGGUGUCAGAGAUCCAAGCUGUGUUGUCGGAGUUUGUCCGCAUGAAUCCCAAAGCUUGGGCUGCCCUGGUUUCCUCCUGGUCGAUUGAUCUGAUGGGGCAGCUGAGUAGCAAAUACGCCGGGCGGCAUGACGUACCCCACGCGAGCAGCCUGAAUGAGUUGCUGCAGCUAUGGAUGUCCUGCAAAGCCACCCGGGUCUUGAUGGAGAUUUACACCCAGUGCCUGUCCUCCAUGAUCAACACCUGUCCAGAUGCUUGCGUGGAUGCUCUCUUAGACACUUCCGUCCAGCACUCGCCUCACUUCGAUUGGGUGGUGGCCCAUAUCGGUUCCUCCUUCCCCAACACCAUCAUCAACCGGGUCCUCUCCUGCGGGUUGAAGGACUUUUGUGUGCACGGGACAGCUUCAACGGAUCUCCUCCUUUUUCCCAGCUCCACAGCAGCCGACAAACGAGUUCCCAAGAUCGCCUCGGUGGUCGGGAUCCUGGGCCAUCUGGCCUCUCGCCACUCGGAAAGCAUCAAGCAGGAGUUGCUAAGGAUGUUCCACAGGAGUCUGGGCCCCACCCGGGACCAGCAGCAGAAGGCCACCGUCCCUUUCUUGCUGCAGCUGGCGGUCAUGUCCCCCACGUUGCUGAGCACCAUCUCUGCCGAACUGGUGGACUCUCUCAAGCCCAGCAUCCUCAACCAGCUGCACCAGCACUUUGCAUCGCUGCCUCGAGAAGAGCUGGAGAACAUGGUUAGCAUUGUGGUGCACCUCAUCUGCCAGACAUCUGGCGGAGCUUACCGUAUCUUGCAGUUCCUGGUCAACACCGCCAUGCCAGCCUCGGUCAUCACCACCCCGGGCCUGGCGGUGCACGACAGCGUCCGGGAGGCCUGCGACCGGGUCAUCCAGCUGCUGCUGCUCAACCUGCAGAAGCUGGUCUACAACCGGGGCUCGGCCAGCUUGGCGGAGGUCCCUCCUCGCGUAGUGCCGUUCCUGGACGAACUGAAGACCCACAUGCAGGAGCUUUGCACGGAGACGCUGAAGCUGGAGAGGAAGAGGUUUCUCUGGCUGCACCAGCUGCUGGUCCUGCUCUCGGUCUACUCCACCCCCAGCUGUGCUAGCGAGGGGCUCUUCUAUCUGCUGACCCUGGCCAAGAGCCAGGAGGAGCUCAGCCUCGCCACCCAGCUGUACACCGUCCUCAGCUCUUGCAUGACCGAUCUGCUGGCCACCCUGGUGAAGAAGUGCGUGCGCCAGCUCCACGCAGGCUUUCUCUCUGAGCAGCACAUGGCCCAGCUCUUCCAGAACCUGGCCUUGAUCAUGCAGUGGGAGGGGGAGAGCCCGGCCUCCAUGGGCCAACAGCUGGGCCGGGCCGUGUCCUCCCACCUGUACGAUUUUGGGCAGCUGCUACUGCACAGCAAUCCAGAGGUGGCUCAAGCAGCCGCUUUGCUUCUUUCCGUCUGCCCCAUGCCCAAGGCCAUCCGGCCGGCCCAUUUGCUCUUCCUCAUUCGGUCCGCCGUGCACCAUUUUUUCUCGGUUUUGCGGGAUAAAUCUCCGGCCGGCAUCAGCUACGGAAGCAAGCUUCUUUGCGGGCUGAGUGAGGCGUCGCCCACAGCCAGCAAGGCCAUCUUGCAGUACCUGGUGGAAGGAGCCUUGCACCAGGGCAACGCUGAGCUUUUCGGCGGAACGGCGGAGCCCCCCGCCACCAGGAACGACGCCGGGCUGGAGGUGACCAAGUUGUCCCUCAUGGACAUCAACCGGCGCUUCAUGGCGGCCGUCAACUUCUCCGGCAGCGUCUGGUCGGUCUUCCACGCGGGGGUGAUUGGGAGAGGCCUGAAACCGCCACAGGCUUUCCAUCGGCAGGAACCGGAGGAGAUCUCGCAUAACGUCCAGGUUUUCCUGGACCUCUUGCUGCGGUGCUGCGGGGCGGGACGCUCGGGCUCCCCCGAGCCGUCCCAGAGCAGCGCCAUCAGCCCCGAGGCGGCCAAGAUGGUGGCGGUGGUGCUGGUGGAGAUGGUGUGCCCGGAUGUGACCAACAGCGAGCUGGCCUGGCCUCCUGAGGAACACACUCACAACACCGUGGAACGGGACAUCCGGAUAGGACGCUGCUUCCGAGACAACCCUUUGCUUUUCGAGCUCUUGAAGCUGGUGGCUGUCGGCAGGCCGGCCCUGUGCUAUUGCUCGGUGCUGCUCCGGGGCCUGAUGGCCACGCUCAUGGCCCACUGGGAGGCGUCCCGGGAGAACGACACCACCAGCUCUCCCUGGCCACUGCAGGCCUCCUGCGCGCUGGUGGCCUGCAUGGGGGAAGGCCACCUUCUGCCCCCCGUCUUGAGCAACAUGCACGAGAUCUUCGACCAGCUGGCUCCUUUUGAGGUUCACCUGCUCCUGCUCAGCGUCUGGGACUACAUGCGGGACAACAGCCCCUUGCCCCAAAAGUUCAGCUUCGACGCCAAGACGGAGCUCUUUUUCCGGGACUUUUCGCGAGACACCGACGCGGGCAAAUACCUCUACGUCCUGCACAGCGUCCUGCAUAAGAACAUCGACCGGCUGGGUUUGCUUUCGGGACGGUUCCACCCUUAAAAGAGGCUGAGAGGCGGUUCGGAGAGGACCUUUGCUGUGGUGGAUUAAGAAGAGGCCGGGGGGGGGGGGAGGGAAGUUGGGAGCUCUUUCAUGGGUUGGAAAUUGGAGAGAGGCCCAUGAGAGGAUUUGGGGCCGUUUGCUUCAUUGUGCAAGCAGAGGAAGAGAUUUAGGGGUGAGAAGGAAGAUUUAUUUUGGGGUUCUCUCCCUCUUCUUGCACUUCAACUGGUUGGGAAGGAAGAAGGCUGGCAGUUAAGGAAGGACUAACUAAGGGAAGAUUGGAAAUACAUGAAGGGAUAGAGUAUUUGCAUUUUGUUUUCUUGUCCUUUGUCUUUUUUCCUCCUCUUGCUCUUCCCUUAUCUUCAUCUCGUCCUUCUCCUCUCCUCAUCUCUUCCUCCUCCCCUUUCUCCCUUUCCUUCUCUGUUCUCC